AAUAUAAAAGCAGAUUGAAUUGUAAAUCCCUGCAGUCUGUUUGAAGAUAUCCAGUAAUGAUGAUGAAACCAAGAACUUUUAUUCUCCUAGCCAGUCUGUUGGGAGCUAAAUGUAUUCUUGCUGAAAGUACCCUACCAGAGUAUAUGAUAGGUGAAUAUGAGUAUGUUUCUGGUGACAACUAUGAUAAAUUUCUGUCUGCUAUUGGAAUAGGACUUUUUCAAAGGACUCUCUUGGCCGCCACAUCCCCCAAGCAAACAAUCAGGCAGGUCGGUGACGAAAUAGAGAUAAUUGUAGAUAUAGGUAUUGGAGGCAGAAUAGCCCAGUCAAACUUUAAGCUUGGAUCUCCUUAUGUCGAGACAACCUUGAAGGGGGAUAAAAUUCCUACAAUUGCAACACUAGAGGAAAACAAGUUGAAGAAGGUGAAGAAGCCUGACAACGGUCUCGAGGUCGAGGAGGUCAGAGAGUUCCUUGACAACGGGAACACCAUGAACUUGUACCUCAGUGUUAUUGGAAAGCCUGAAGCCGAUGCCCUGAGAGUCUUUAAGAAGAAAAACUAAAAACUAUAAUUAUGAAAAAAUAUUUAUCUAUUAAUUUAGAAAAACAACCAGUAUUAUAAAA